UUUUUUGGUCUAUUUAGCUAUGAAAUACCGCUAGUAGCAUUUUGAGAGCAAUAGCAACUGCCUUCAGAUCACCCUAGAGCUCAGUCUUCAAAUCACCUUUCAAGUCUGACAAAAAGAGGAAAUUUUGCUUUCCCACAUGACACAUUUCUGAACCAAUGUGCAGUUUAACAGCAACAGCUGAUUUCUGCGAUCUCAAGUAUGUCUGUGAUUCCAUUUUUUAUCUUCUCAAAGAAAAAAUGUUCAGGGAGAAUAAAACUAUCUCUUUAUGUCUGGUAAGUGAAAAGGCCCUGUGGCUCAGGCUGAGUGCUGGGGUUGAUGGGCUCACCCUCCCCUGGCUUUUUGCAGAGGUGACAGAGUCCAUCUUCUCUCUGUCACCAGGAAUUUAAACAGUAGGAGAUCCCCACCACCACCCCACGACAAGCAAGGCCAGAGAUGGGAAAGAGCCACAGCUUUCCACUGAGCUGAGGCCAAGCCUCUUCUGUACCUGGGGAUUUUGCUCUGAAGUGCAUCCCAGCAUGACACAUUUGGCAGCUCAAAGAGGCUCUCAUCUCGGUGCUCACUCUCACUGCCUGCAAAGCACGUGGUAAUGGCACGGGCGUCUGGCAGAGCAAAUAACCAACCCCUAACUUUUUCCACCUGCUCGCAGACCUUGGGAGAGAGGUGCUUCAAGGAGCCAGCACUGACGAAUGCAAAAAACACGCACCUCUUCCUGCAGAUAUCUCUGUUUCCUUGGCUCUGCUCUGUUUUUUUGCUGUUUGUGACGUGGUCCUGCCAGAUAUAAAGCAGAGACAGAGGAGCCCUUGGCUCAGUCCAUUUUCCAGGUGGCAGAGGCAGCCAAAGAAGCACGGUGCUCAAUGUGCUGGGCGGACCUGCUCAUCCUUCUCCCUGCAGCCUGGUACCAGCUGGCAGCUUUCCCCUUCGCUGCUCUCUUCCACCAGCUCUGUGCUUCGGGGCAACUCUCUCUGACUGCUCGGUACACAUUCCUCCUCGCUGGAGGAUGUCUCCUUGCAGUCACAGCCAUGGGCAGCUAUGCCGUGUUACUUCUUAUCCCCGCUGCUGGCUCUGUGCACGUCCUCCUCUCCGUCAGCCCAGCUCACGUCCAUACCUGGGUCUUUGGCCUCCAGAUGUGCUGGCAGACGCUCUGCCACCUGGGCAGCUUCGUGCUGGAGUCAGAGGAUGCCAGACCAGCUGUUGCCCUCUCCGCCAUUAUGCUGCUCACCCAGAAAGUGACAUCUCUGGCCCUGGACAUCCACGAAGGGACCGUUCUGCCUCAGACAGGCCAGGGGCUUUUGCAGCAAGCCUUGCCUCUCUGCAGCUACCUGCUCUUUUUCCCAGCCCUCCUCGGAGGCCCCCUGUACCCCUUCAGCAGGUUUCAGGUCCAAGCCGAGUCCUUGGGGGCUGUCCCCCUGCCACUGCAGGCUGCUGGCCGGAGGUGCCUUGGGGCACUGGCACUGCAGGCGCUGCGUGUGGGACUGGAGGGCUGGCUGCCCUGUGCACAGGGCUGCUCCAUCCUGGCCAGCCUGUGCCACACGUGGAUGCGGGCCCUGCUCUUCAGGCUGGCCUACUACACACAGUGGGUACUGGAUGAGGCCCUUCUCGAGAUGGCAGGCUUUGGGCUGGUGGUGGGGCAGGGAGACCUUUCAGGCCGUGACCUGUGGGUGCUGGAGACCACACACCGCCUGGCUGUCUUUGCCCGAACCUGGAACAAGAGCACGUCCCGCUGGCUGCGGAGGCUGGUCUUCCAGCGCUGCCCAGCCCAACCGCUCCUCGCCACUUUCACCUUCUCCGCCUGGUGGCACGGCCUCCGGCCCGGGCAUGUCUUUGGUUUCCUGUGCUGGGCCAUCAUGGUGGAGGCUGACUACCGCAUCCAUCCCUUCCUCAGCGCCUGGGCCACCUCCCGUGUUGCAAAGCUCCUCUACCGUGGCACGACCUGGAUCUUCACGCAGCUCAUUGUCGCCUACAUCCUGGAUGCUGUGGAGUCUGAGAGCUUCUCUGCGCUCUGCCUACUCUGGACUUCUUACAAGAGUAUCCUUCCCCUCUCUUAUGGUGUUGUGCUGCUGCUGCUGCUUUCCAAGAAGCCAAAGCAGAACUGAGCCUGUCCUGUGCUACCUUGA